AUGGGUGCCCUGGUGCAACAACAAAACCCCAGCCCGCACAAGAUGGAGGCAGGGAGAGGCAUAGUGAACUCGGAGGCGUCACCCUUCUGCGACGACUUGGACACCUGCGUCACCAACUGCCCCGAGGGUGCUCCGGCAGAGGCCGGGGCGGGGAAUAAGCCCGAUGCGGCGGCGGAGGGCAAGGUCGAGCCCGCAGGAGCAGCGAAGAAGAAGAAGCUGGUGAAGGUGCCGGUGAAGAUCCAGUACAUUAGAGCUCUGGAGGCGCGCCCUCCAAUACCCCCAAGAUACCCUCGUGGCCUCCCCGAAGAUCUUCUCCAGCUUCCCCCCGAGUCCAAAACGAAACAGGCAUUGUGGGAUAGCCUCGCCGAGAUAGCAGUAGAUCUGAAGUUGGACUACGACAAGAAGAUGGCCAUCCUACACCAGUACUACACGUAUGGGUGCGCCUAUGAGGAGAUCGAGGUCGGGGACGAAGACGAGGAGUGA